AUGCUAAUUGGGAGCUCUGAAUUAUGGCUCUUGAAAGAGAAAGCUGCAAGAAUGGUAAGAAUAAUCAAUGUAGAAGGAAGAAAGGAAGACCACGCAAGAGCUGGAGAGAGAGAGAGUUUUAACAAAGAAGUUGCGGAUUUAGAAGUAGAUGGAACAGAUAGUGAGAGGUGGAGAUUAGGAAACGGAAGAAGGAAAUCGUUGCAACUUGUUUCUACCGGCCUGACCCCAGUGGGGUCCCUGGCCGGAUCUCCAGGCCCUCCGCUUCAGUCUCUCGACUUACUAGAAGAAAUGGGGCUGUCGAAUGUCUCGUGGCCGGGGGUCUCUAUGGCCCCCGGAAAACUUAAAGGCAAACCGGCUUAUUUAUUAGAAGGAAACAGACAUGAUUUAAAGCUACCUCCAGACGCAUUUCGGAAAGCUGCCGACCUGUUGCGGCGGGGCUCAGACUUUACCAUUGGUGCUUGGUUACGACAAGAAUUAGACAAUACGGGUACUAUAUUUAGUGUUUCAAAUGGACCUACCAGAUUUUUAGAGGUUCAAUCUAGCGGGCGAAGAAACGAAAUUCGGCUGCACUACACAUCGCUCCAAGACAGGCGCGUGUACAUGGAGACGUUUCACUACCGCCUGGCGGACAAUACGUGGCACCAUCUAGCGGUCACUGUUAGUGGGUCACAAGUAGAGGUUCUAGUAGACUGCAGUCCCCUGUACAAACGGGUCCUGAGGCCGGGAGAGCCCGACAGGAACGUUUCUGAUCAUUAUCAGAUCUGGGUGGGGCAGAGGCAUAAGCAUUAUUUCUUUAAGGGUUUUCUACAAGACGUGAGAUUAAUAGAAGGCUCCCAUGGAGUCCUGGCUGUGUGUCCUAAAUUAGACGUUUCCUGUCCCACUUGUGGUCAGUUUCUGGUUGUUCAAACCGCUGUACAAAGCUUGGAGCGCAAACUCGUCGAGCUAUCCCAAAGGUUAGCACACGCAGAAAUGAGGUUAACGCUCGUUGAAGAUUGUGACUGUCAAAAAUCGUGCAGAUUGAACGACACAAUCCACGCAGACGGUUCAACGUGGCAGAGGGGAUGUGAUAUAUGCUCAUGUAAGGAAGGAGAAAUUACAUGUCAUCCAGUCAAUUGUACCCCACCAGGCUGUCAACAUCCUGUCCGGUUAGAAGGACAAUGUUGUGAAACUUGUUUAAAGGAAUGUUUGUUUAAUGGUAAAAUGUACGAACACGGCGACAUAGUAACAAUUGAGAAGUGUAAAGACUGUACGUGUAUAGAUGGGUCGAUGGACUGCAAAGUUUUGGACCCGAAAGACUGUCCCGUUUUGAGUUGUCCGGUUGAACAACAGCUGUCCGUGUCCGGGAGUUGCUGUAAAAUAUGCCAAGGUAUUGACUACUGUGCCAUGGGACAUUAUUGUCACGCUAACGCCACCUGCCGCAAUUUACAAACGACUUACGCUUGCCAGUGCGACCAGGGCUUCAGAGGCGACGGAAAACUAUGUUCUGAUAUCGAUGAAUGUCAGCAAGAAGGCGGCAGAGAAGGCCACCAUUGCCACUCAAACACUAUCUGCGUCAACACUCAAGGCUCGUACGAGUGCCAGUGUCUAGACGGGUACAUCCGCGUAGACAGGUUCAACUGUGCCGAAUUGGACGAGUGUUCUACGGGAAGCCACAACUGUGAUCUGAACGCCGAAUGUGUCAAUACUGAAGGUAGCUACAAAUGUCAGUGUAAGAAUGGAUAUCAAGGAGAUGGGUACAGAUGUACUCCUAUUUGCUCACCUGAUUGCCUAAACGGUGGAGUUUGCGUUAAGCCAGGACAGUGCUCAUGUCCCGGAGGAUAUACAGGGACGUCCUGUGAACGAGACUUGGACGAAUGUUCCACAAACACUCACAGAUGCACAAAUUCAUCCAUUUGCGUCAAUAUGAUGGGAUGGUAUUACUGCCAGUGCAAAGCUGGCUACGAAGGACCCAUGUCGGACACUAAUCUCGGAACAUCUUGUAUAGAUGUAGACGAAUGCGAGGAGUCCUUAGACACCUGCCACGAAUCUGCCCAAUGCCUCAACACCAACGGAGGCUUCGAAUGCUUCUGUCCCGCCGACAACAUGGAUUGUCGCUACAGCUGCAUGUUCCAGGAACAGGAAAUCGCCCACGGCAUGACGGUUCCAUCGAAAACGGAUCCCUGCCUGAGCUGCACGUGCAACAAGGGUGUUGUCACUUGCGAGAGACCGAAAUGCGACUGCAAGAAGUCAUCGUCGGACAGGUGCUGUCCGCAGUGCGAUACCAGAUACAGUUGUAUCCAUCAGGAAUUGAACCACGUAGUUUUUAUGCAUGGCGAAAGGUGGUCGUACCAAUGCCAGACGUGCGAAUGCUUCUACGGUGAGGUCGACUGUUGGGAACUGCGAUGUCCCCCACUCAUUUGCUCCAACCCUAUCCAGUCACCCGGCGACUGUUGCCCGCACUGUGGCGACCUCUGCUUAAUGGGUGGCAACUUUUCCCUAGGCCUAGGAAGGAACUGUACCUUCAAAGGCGUCCUGUACCAAUCCGGUGCGGACUUUUUAGACCCGCAAGAUCCGUGCACUACUUGCAAGUGCAAGGACGGAGAACUAUGCUGCAAUUUUAACUACCAUUGCGGCGACUCUUCACCACAACAGCCCAUGGGCUACGAUGGCCUGGUUGCGCCGCACAGCGACACGGGCCGCUCUGCUGCUUCUCCGCGCGCCCGAGCUGCUUCUCCGCUCAGUUCGGCCGCUUCUCCGACCAGCAUCGGUGUUUCGCGCCGCCCGAGAGACGCUCUCAGUGCUUCGCUCGGCACAACGGUCGCUUCGCGCUACUCCAGCAGCGCUGUCGACUUUAGUCUGGACAAAGGUAGUGGAACUGUGGACGGUAGUACUGUUUGGGGUGCGAGUGUGGUUAAGCGCAAGCAGACUGAUCAGGUGCCACCUCCGGGAGGGUGAACCCGUCAAAGAAACGAGCUUGUUAAACGUUUUGUAGCAGGAAUUGUUCCGGAGUAACUGGUUUCUGUUGGUCAAUUUUGGCGCUUGUUGUUA